AUGAAGGAAACCUGGUUCUGUUUCCUUUCUGUUUCCUCCUCUCUCUUUCUCAUUGUCCUCUCAAAGCUGUUUUACCAUAAGCAAUCACGAGGAAGAAAGCUCCCACCCAGCCCGCCUUCAUUUCCCAUCAUAGGACACCUCCAUCUUUUGAAAGAACCAGUCCACCGAUCCUUGCAACAUCUUUCAGACCAGUAUGGUCCAGUUCUUACCCUCCAAUUUGGAUUCCGAACUGUGCUUCUUCUAUCAUCCCCAUCUGCGGUUGAAGAAUGCUUCACUAAGCAUGAUCAGGUCUUUGCAAAUAGGCCACGCCUUCUUGUUGGGAAGCACCUCCACUAUGACUAUACCACGCUGGGGGCAGCCCCUUAUGGCCAGCACUGGCGCAAUCUUCGCCGCCUUACCACACUUGAAAUCUUCUCUACGAACCGCCUCAACAUGUUUCUAGGUAUUCGACAGGAUGAAGUCAAAUUCUUACUUAGAAAUCUGUUUCAGAGAUCGGGCCAAGGUUUUGCAAGAGUGGAGAUGAAGUCAAGGUUAUCAGAGCUGUCUUUCAAUAUUAUUAUGAGGAUAGUUGCGGGGAAGCGAUAUUUUGGGACAGAUGUGGAGGAUUUUGAGGAGGCCAGCCGCUUUAGAGAUAUUAUAAAGGAGAUUUUGGAAACGUCCGGGGCAUCAAAUGCUGGGGAUUUCUUGCCAUUUUUACAAUGGUUUGAUUUUCAAGGCUUGAAAAAGAGGGUCUUGGCAUUGCAGAGAAGAACUGAUGCGUUCUUACAGGGUCUGAUAGAUGAGGGUCGAAAUCACAACAACUCUUAUAGGCAGGAACGAGGAAAGACUAAAACCUUCGUUGACUCUAUGCUGGCUUUACAGAACUCAGAACCUGAAUACUACGCCGAUCACAUUAUCAAAGGCAUGAUAUUGACAUUGCUGACUGCGGGCACAGACACCUCCGCAGUGACGAUGGAGUGGGCUAUGUCACUUCUGCUCAACCAUCCUAGGGUGUUAGACAAAGUUAGAACGGAGUUGGACUGUAAAAUUGGUCAUCAACGUCUAGUUGAGGAACCAGACCUCUCCGACCUGCCCUACCUCCGAGCUAUCGUGAACGAGACCCUUCGGUUGUUCCCAGCAGCACCACUCCUUGUUGCACAUGAAUCUUCAGAUGACUGUAGCAUUGGAGGGUAUGAUGUACGAGGUGGAACGAUGUUGUUGGUGAAUGCAUGGGCCAUUCACAGGGAUGCUAAGGUAUGGGAGGACCCCACAAGUUUCAGGCCAGAGCGGUUUGAAGGCGGUGAAGGCGAAGCCUGCAGGUUUAUACCAUUUGGGUUGGGGAGGAGAGGGUGCCCUGGAGCUGGCCUGGCCAAUCGGGUGAUGGGGUUGGCUUUGGCAGCAUUGGUGCAGUGCUUUGAGUGGCAGAGGGUGGGCGAAGUGGAAGUGGACAUGUCUGAAGGGAAAGGGCUCACUAUGCCUAAGGCUCAACCAUUAGAGGCUAUGUGCAGAGCACGAAACUCCAUGAUUAAGGUCCUUUCAGAGCUGUGACUUCUCUUUCACAGUUCCCCUUGUAUCUUCCUAACUGACGUAUAUAUUUUAGUAAAGG